ACUCUGGGCGAUGGUUCAUUCCAACCGCAGGAGCGGAGCCUCAAUGCAUUGGGAUUUCUCUCAGCGCCGACACGAAGUGAAUCUUCCUUUUAAACCCUCCGGUAACGUCCCUGCCCAAAAACAAUCCUGAUAUGAGAGCCGCUUCGCAUUGUGAGGGACCGGGACUGGGGAGGACAGCAUGUAGGUGUUCACUGAACGGGACGAGGAAACGGGACAAAAUAGGAUUUUCUGCAGUGAUGAAGGCGGGAGUACUCGUGCAAUAUUGGAGUCGGGUUCUGUUCGUGUAUAUGGGGCUACUGGCUGCAUCUGCAAAAGCUCAGAAUUGCAGCCACACUUUAAGCGGGCCGAACGGGACGAUAGAAAGCCCCGGAUUCCCCUACGGCUACCCCAAUUACGCCAACUGCACGUGGACCAUCCACACACAGGACCACAGCCGGAUCCAGCUGGUGUUCCAGGCGUUCGCGCUGGAGGAAGACUUCGACGUCCUCUCUGUGUACGACGGGCAACCCCAGCAGGGGAACUUAAGAACAAGACUGACUGGUUUUCAAGUUCCAGCCCCAGUGGUUAGCACAGGCCCCCUAGUCACACUGUGGCUUCUUUCGGACUAUGCUGUCAGUGGACAAGGCUUCAAGGCCACCUAUGAAGUUCUGCCGAGCCACACGUGUGGAAAUCCAGGCCGCUUGCAGAACGGUGUCCAGCAGGGCCCCUCCUUCAACAUCGGGGACAAGAUCCGCUACAGCUGCACAGCUGGCUUCAUCCUGGAGGGGCACACUGUCCUCACCUGCCUGGCCACCUCCACAGGAACUGCUGCCUGGGACUUUCCCCUGCCAUUCUGCAGAGCAGACGAUGGCUGUGGCGGUAUGUUGCGGGGUCAGAGUGGGGUCAUCUCCACUCCCCACUUCCCUCUGGAGUACCACAACAACGCAGACUGCACCUGGACCGUGCUGGCGGAGCCGGGAGACACCAUCGCCCUGGUCUUCUCAGACUUCCAGCUGGAGGAGGACUACGACUUCCUGGAGAUCAGCGGAACCGAGGGCCCCUCACUGUGGUUUACGGGCCUGAGUCUGCCGUCUCCAGUGAUCAGCAGUAAGAACUGGCUACGACUUCACUUCACCUCAGAUGGGAACCACAGGCAGAAGGGCUUCAGUGCACAGUACCAAGUUAAGAAAAUGACAGAACUGAAGUCCAGAGGAGUGAAACUGCUUCCCAGUAAAGACAACCACCAGAAAAUCUCAGUCUUAUCACAGGUUGGUGUGUCCCAGGGGCUAAACAUGUGCCCAGAUCCUGGGAUCCCAGAGCGAGGGAAACGAAUCGGAUCUGAUUACAGGCUGGGGUCCAGCGUGCAGUUUUCCUGCGAUGAAAGCUACGAGCUGCAGGGCUCCAAGAGCAUUACCUGCAUGCGAGUGAGCGAAACCUACGCUGCGUGGAGCGACCAGCGACCCAUCUGCAGAGCGCGGAUGUGUGGAAGCCACCUGCGAGGGCCGAGUGGAGUCAUCACAUCUCCCAAUUUCCCAGUCCAGUACGAUAACAACGCCCACUGCACCUGGGUCAUCACUGCCUCCAGCCCUGCCAAGGUGAUCAAGCUCUCGUUCGAGGAGUUCGGCCUGGAGCGGGGCUACGACACGCUGACCGUGGGGGACGGGGGACAAGUCGGGGACCAGAAGACAGUUUUUCAUGUGUUAACUGGCACCACCACUCCAGACCUGAUUGUCAGCACCAGUCACCAGAUGUGGCUCCUCUUCAAGACGGAUGAAACCAGUGGCUUGCUGGGGUUCAAAGUUUCUUAUGAAGAGAUCGAGCAGGGGAGCUGCGGGGACCCGGGGGUACCGGCCUAUGGCAGGAGAGAGGGUUCCGGAUUCCUUCACGGGGACACUCUGCGGUUCGAGUGCCAGCCUGCCUUCGAGCUGGUGGGGCUGAAGAGCAUCACCUGCCAGAAGAACAACCAGUGGUCUGCCAAGAAACCCAGCUGUGUCUUCUCCUGCUUCUUCAACUUCACCACCCCAGCGGGCGUGCUGCUCUCCCCCAACUACCCGGCGGAGUACGGGAGCAACAUGCACUGCGUGUGGCUGAUCAUCGCCAAGCCCGAGAGCCGCAUCCACCUGGCCUUCAACGACCUGGACGUGGAGCCGCAGUUCGAUUUCCUGGCUGUGAAGGACGGGGGCAAGGCGGAGUCCCCCGUGCUGGGCACCUUCUCCGGGACCCAGGUGCCCUCCCCCCUGACCAGCAGCGGACACGUGGCCAGGCUUGAGUUCCUGACCGACCACUCCAAUGCCAAGAGGGGCUUCAACAUCAGCUUCACCACAUUCCGCCACAACGAGUGUCCUGAUCCUGGAGUUCCAAUAAACGGGAAGCGGUUCGGAGACAGUCUGCAGCUGGGAAGCUCGGUGUCCUUCCUGUGUGAAGAGGGCUUCCUCAAAACUCACGGAUCGGAGACCAUCGCCUGCAUCCUGAAAGAUGGGAAUGUGGUGUGGGACAACGCGGUUCCAAGAUGUGAAGCUCCCUGCGGAGGUCACCUGACAGCCCCCAGUGGCACCAUCCUGUCCCCUGGCUGGCCUGGAUUCUACAAAGACUCCCUGAACUGCGUGUGGGUCAUGGAGGCUCAACCAGGCUAUCCCAUCAAGAUCAUCUUCGACAGGUUUAAAACUGAGGUGAAUUACGAUGUUCUGGAGGUGCGUGACGGGAAGUCUUACUCCUCGCCGUUGAUAGGGAGCUACCAGGGUACCCAGGUCCCCCAGUUCCUGAUCAGCACCUCCAACUACCUCUACCUGCUCUUCACCACAGACAAGAGCCACUCUGACGUUGGCUUCCAGAUUCGCUACGAGACGGUGAAGCUGCAGUCGGAUCACUGCGUGGACCCCGGAAUUCCUGUCAAUGGGCAGCGCCACGGCAACGACUUUUACGUGGGAGCUCUGGUGACGUUCAGCUGCGACUCCGGGUACACGCUGAGCGACAACGAGCCGCUGGAGUGCGAGCCCAACUUCCAGUGGAGCCGACCCCUUCCCAGCUGCGAGGCUCUCUGCGGGGGUUACAUCCAGGGGUCAACCGGCACCAUCCUGUCUCCUGGAUACCCAGAUUUCUAUCCCAACAAUCUGAACUGCACUUGGGUGAUCGAGACCUCGCACGGGAAAGGUGUGAUGUUCGCCUUCCACACAUUCCACCUGGAGAGCCCUCACGAUCACCUGCUGAUCACGGAGAACGGCAGCUUCUCCCAGCCCCUGAAGAGGCUGACGGGCUCCACCCUGCCCUCCCCUCUCAGCGCGGGGCUGCACGGGAACUUCACCGCGCAGAUCCGCUUCAUCUCUGACUUCUCUGUGUCCUACCAGGGCUUCAACAUCACCUUCUCAGAGUAUGAUCUGGAGCCCUGUGAUGACCCUGGGGUGCCCACGUUCAGCACCCGCAAGGGCCUUCAGUUUGGGGUGGGGGACCCCCUCACCUUCUCCUGCUUCCCAGGGUACCGGCUCGAGGGCCCAGCCAGAGUAACCUGCCUGGGGGGCAGACGUCGUAUCUGGAGCUCGCCUCUGCCAAGGUGUGUUGCGGAGUGUGGCUCAUCAGUGACUGGGAUCCAGGGCGUGCUCCUGUCCCCUAACUAUCCCAGCCACUACGGCAACAACCAUGAGUGCAUCUACUCCAUCCAGAGCCAACCGGGCAAGGGCAUCCAGCUAAGGGCCAGGACCUUCCAGCUACAGGAGGGGGACCUGCUCAAGGUAUACGACGGCAGCAAUAACUCUGCCCGUCUGUUGGGCGUAUUCUCUGGCUCCGACAUGCUGGGCAUAGAGCUCAACAGCACAUCAAGCUCUCUGUGGCUGGAGUUCAUUAGCAACUCGGAGAACACCAGCAAGGGCUUCGAGCUGCAGUUUUCCAGUUUUGAGCUCAUUAAGUGUGAAGACCCCGGGGUCCCCCAGUUUGGAUACAAGCUCUCGGAUCAGGGACACUUUGCAGGCAGCACGGUCUCCUUCAGCUGUAACCCCGGCUACUCACUGCGGGGGAAUCCCUCCAUCACCUGCCUGACCGGGGAGCGGCGAGCCUGGGAUAGCCCCCUGCCCCUCUGCGUGGCUGAAUGUGGGGGUCAGAUCCGUGGAGAGACGUCUGGAAGGAUUCUCUCCCCAGGUUACCCCUCUCCUUAUGAUCACAACCUGCACUGUGUGUGGACCAUCAAGGCGGACUCGGGAAGCACCAUCGGGCUGCAAUUCCUGGUUUUCCACACAGAGGAGGUUCACGACAUGCUGAAGAUAUGGGACGGGCCCCAGGACAGCGGGAUCCUGCUGAAGGAGCUGAGCGGCUCCACCCUGCCUCCCGACAUCCACAGCACCUUCAGCUCCGUCACCCUGCAGUUCAACACGGACUUCUUCACCAGCAAGCAGGGCUUCGCGCUGCAGUUCUCAGUGUCCACAGCCACGUCCUGCAAUGACCCUGGGACGCCGGCCAAUGGGACACGCAGUGGGGACAGUCGAGAGCCAGGGGACAAUGUGGUGUUCCAGUGCGAUCCCGGGUACCUCCAUCAGGGGGCAACCAAGAUCACCUGCGUGGAGAUUGACAACCGAUUCUUCUGGCAGCCAGACCCUCCUACCUGCACAGCCCCGUGCGGAGGGAGUUUAACUGGCCCGAUGGGGCUCAUCCUGUCUCCAGAGUAUCCUGAACCAUACCCUCACGGCAAGGAGUGUGACUGGACCAUCACGGUGUCGCCAGACUACGUUAUUGCGCUGUCCUUCAACCACUUCAACCUGGAGCCAGGCUAUGAUUUCCUCCACAUCUAUGAUGGUCCGGACUCCCUCAGCUCGCUGGUGGGCAGUUUCUUCGGCUCCCAGAUCCCAGAACGAAUCGAGAGCAGCUCCAACACGCUCUUCCUGGCAUUCCGCAGCGACGCCUCGCUCAGCAGCAGCGGCUUUGUCAUCCAGUACACGGAGAACCCGAGGGAGUCCUGCUUCGAGCCUGGGGCCGUGAGGAACGGUACGCGGGUGGGAUCUGACCUCAAGCUGGGCUCCACCAUCACCUUCUACUGCGACAGCGGCUAUGUGGUGGAAGGCUUCUCCACUCUGACCUGCAUCGUGGGGGACGAUGGCAAGCCUGUCUGGAACCAGCCCCGGCCAGCCUGCGUGGCCCCCUGUGGAGGGCAGUAUUCUGGCUCUGAUGGGGUGGUCUUGUCCCCAAACUAUCCCGGUAAUUACUCCAGCGGACAGAGCUGCCUCUACUCCAUUGAGGUGCCCAAGGACUAUGUUGUGUUCGGGCAGUUUGCCUUCUUUCAGACGGCUCUGAACGAUGUGGUUGAAGUGCAUGAUGGGCCUACCCAGCAUUCCCGGCUCCUUAGUUCUCUCUCUGGAUCCCAUACAGGCGAGUCGGUGCCCCUGGCCUCCUCCAAUCAGAUCCUCAUCAAAUUCAGCGCCAGAGGUCACGCCACCUCCCGAGGAUUCCACUUUGCUUACCAAGCGGUUCCCCGCACCAGUGCCACCCAGUGCAGCUCAGUCCCGGAGCCGCGAUACGGGAAACGGAUCGGGAAUGACUUCUCCGUCUCGGCUGUGAUCCGCUUCGAGUGUAACCCAGGGUACUCCCUGCAGGGCUCCGGCGCUAUCGAGUGCCUCACUGUGCUGGGAGCCCUGGCACAGUGGAACAGCACAGUGCCCACCUGUGUGGUGCUGUGUGGGGGUAACCUGACUGAGAGGAGGGGCACUAUCCUGUCUCCGGGAUUCCCUGAGCCCUACCUCAACAGCCUCAACUGCGUGUGGAAGAUCACUGUCCCGGAGGGAGCCGGCAUUCAGAUCCAGGUGAUCAGCUUUGUGACGGAGCAGAACUGGGACUCUCUGGAGGUAUUUGACGGAGGAGACAACACAGACACCAUGCUGGGAAGCUUCUCAGGAACGACUGUGCCAGCCCUCCUAAACAGCACUUCACACCAGCUUUACCUGCAUUUCUACUCUGAUAUCAGCGUGUCUGCUGCAGGCUUCCACCUGGAGUACAAGACUGUUGGUCUCUCCAGCUGCCCAGAGCCCCUCAUUCCCAGUAGUGGAGUUAAACUGGGUGACCGCUACCUGGUGAACGACGUGGUGUCAUUCCAGUGUGAGCCUGGAUACACACUCCAGGGUCACUCCCAUAUAUCCUGUAUGCCUGGGACAGUACGGCGUUGGAAUUUCCCUCCUCCUCUCUGCAUUGCUCAGUGUGGCGGGACCUCCGAAGAGAUGGAGGGAGUGAUCCUGAGCCCAGGUUUUCCAGGCAACUACCCUAGCAACAGUGACUGCACCUGGAGAAUCUCCCUGCCCGUCAGCUUUGGUGCCCACAUUCAGUUCCUCAACUUCUCCACUGAGGCGAACCAUGACUUCAUCGAGAUCCGGAACGGGCCCUUCGAUACGAGCACUGUGAUUGGCCGGUUCAGCGGGCCCGAGCUCCCGCCCUCCCUCCUCACCACCUCUCACGAAACGACGGUCUAUUUCCACAGCGACCACUCGCAGAACAAGCCCGGGUUCAAAUUUGAGUACCAGGCCUAUGAGCUUCAGGAGUGCCCGGACCCAGAGCCCUUUGCCAACGGGGUGGUGAGUGGCGCUGGCUACAACGUGGGCCAGUCCAUCUCUUUCGAGUGCCUGCCAGGGUACCAGCUCGUCGGGCAAGCCAUCCUCACCUGCCAGCACGGGACCAACCGCAACUGGGAUCACCUGUUCCCCAGGUGUGAAGUCCCCUGUGGAGGGAACAUCACGUCCCACAGUGGCACGAUCUUCUCUCCAGGCUAUCCGAGUGAAUACCCCGAUGCAGUGGACUGUACCUGGCUGAUAACGGUAGACCCGGGCUAUGGGAUCCGCGUGAACUUCACUUUGCUGCAGAUCGAGAACCCAAACGACUUCAUCACCAUCUGGGAUGGUUCCCAGGAAGGUUCACCGAAGCUGGGGGUUUUCACAGGGGGCAUGGCAAAGGAAUCUACCCGUAGCUCCUCCAAUCAGAUCCUCAUCACCUUCCACAGUGACUCGGCCAACGGAGGGCUCUUCAUGCUCAACUACCAAGCCUAUCAACUUCGGUUAUGUCGCCCUCCACCCACCACCCCGAAUGCUGAAAUCUUGACUGCGAGUCAAGAGUUUAAAAUAGGCGAUAUUGUGCGGUACAGGUGCCUGCCUGGGUUCUUGCUAGUGGGUAAUGAGAUCCUGACUUGCCGACUGGGAACCUAUCUCCAGUUUGAAGGACCUCCUCCAUCCUGUGAAGUACACUGCCCUAUGAACGAGGUUCUGACGGCCUCCACAGGAGUGAUCCUGAGCCAGGGCGUAGCCGGCAGCUCCCCGCACUUCCAGACCUGCUCCUGGGUGGUGAAGUUGGAUCCGGGCUUCAACGUGUCGCUCAACAUUGAGCACUUCCAGAGCAACAGGCAGUACGACGAACUGGAGAUCUUUGACGGUCCCUCUGGACAGAGUCCCCUUCUGAUGACCCUGAGUGGAAACUACUCUGCCCCGCUGAGUGUCACCAGCUCCACCAACAAGGUGUACCUGCGCUGGUCCUCCGACCACGCCUCCAGCUACAAGGGGUUCCACAUUCGAUACUCAGCUCCGUACUGCAGCCCCCCCAGCGCUCCCUCCCAUGGUGCAAUCCGCAGUCAGACUGGCACCAGGCUGGGCAGCACUCUGCGCUUCAGCUGUGAUCAGGGGUACCGCCUCGUGGGGCAGAACAGCGCCACAUGUACCCGCUCCUCCCAGGGUCUGUACCAGUGGAACACCCCCCCUCCACUGUGCCAAGCUGUGUCGUGCAGCGUGCCGCGUGCCCCCGCCAACGGCUCUGUGUUUGGACGCGAGUACACGUUGGGCACCAGGGCUGUGUACCAGUGUAACCAGGGCUUCAGACUGCUGCCCGGCCAGCCCACCUCUGCCAUCUGCCAGGAGAGCGGAGAAUGGAGCCCCUCCAACAUCCCUCCGCGGUGUACUGCAAUAACAUGUCCAGACAUUAGCCAUGUUGCAAUGGAGCAUGGGAGAUGGAGGCAGAUCUAUGGUACCCAGAACUGGUACGGUGCUCAGAUGAUGCUCAUCUGUGACCUCGGGUACUAUUACAGGGGCCAGCGCAUCACCACAUGCCAGGCCAAUGGCACCUGGACCAUACAGGAGCCCAGACCGACCUGUCGGAUCAUCUCAUGCGGAGACCUGCCCCAUCCCCCCAGCGGGAACAAGAUCGGGGUGCUCACAGUGUAUGGGGCCACCGCCAUCUUCUCCUGCAACACGGGCUACAUACUGGUGGGGUCGCGAGUUCGAGAGUGCAUGGCCAACGGGCUCUGGAGCGGCACAGAGGUCCGCUGUCUCGCUGGGCAUUGUGGCACCCCGGACCCCAUUGUAAACGGGCAGAUCGUGGGUGAGAAUUAUAAUUACCGGGGCAGCGUGGUGUACCAGUGCAACCCGGGCUUCCGUCUCAUCGGCAUGUCCGUGCGGAUCUGCCAGCAGGACCACCACUGGUCCGGCCGAACCCCUGUUUGUGUCCCCAUCACCUGUGGUCACCCUGGCAAUCCCACCAAUGGGCUGACGCAAGGCACCCAGUUCAACCUGAACGACAUGGUGAGAUUCGCCUGCAACACCGGCUACAUCCUGAAGGGGGCAGUCAGGUCCCAGUGCCAAGCCAACGGCCAGUGGAGCAAUGCUCUGCCAAACUGCAAAAUAAUGAACUGCACAGACCCAGGACAUGUUGAUAACAGUGUUCGGCAGGUACAGUCGAGUGGGCCUCAUCGAUUCAGCUUCGGGACAAUCGUGUUGUUCCAGUGCAGCCUUGGGUACUAUCUGCUGGGCACGGAGGUACUGUCCUGCCAGGGGGAUGGCACAUGGGACCGCUCACUGCCGCAGUGUCUCCUGGUGUCAUGUGGGCAUCCCAGUGUGCCCCCCAAUGCCCAGCUAGAGGGGGACAGAUUCACUGUAGGCUCAGUGAUCCGUUAUAGCUGUGUGGGGCGACGGGUGCUCAUCGGGAACUCAACCAGGAUGUGCCAGCUGGACGGACGCUGGAGUGGGUCGCUCCCUCACUGCUCAGGGGAGUUCCUUGGCAUGUGUGGCGACCCCGGUGUGCCCUCCCAUGGUAUCCGGCUAGGCGAGGAGUUCUCGGUGGGCAGUGCUGUGAGGUUCAGCUGUGAGCCGGGGUACAUUCUGAGAGGCUCCUCUGAGCGCAGUUGCCAAGCAAACGGCUCCUGGGCAGGCCACCAGCCUGAGUGUCACGUGGUGUCCUGUGGGAAUCCGGGGACCCCCAGCAAUGCGAGAGUACUCUUCAAUGACGGCCUGGUCUUCUCCAGUUCCAUCAACUACUCAUGCCGGGAGGGCUACUAUUCCACAGGACUGCUGACCAGACACUGCACCAUCAAUGGAACCUGGACCGGAGCCACUCCUGAGUGCACAGUCAUUAACUGUGGUGACCCAGGGGUCCCGGCCAAUGGUCUGCGAGUGGGCAGCGAGUUCACCUUCAACAGGACGGUGUCCUUUCAGUGCUUGCCUGGGUACAGCAUGGACGUGGAGCGAGCUUCCACCCUGCUCUGCACCAAGGACCGCACCUGGAACGGCACAAAGCCCCUCUGCAAAGCGAUCCUGUGCGGGACGCCCCCCAUCGUGCCCAAUGGGAGGGUGGUGGGUUCGGAUUUCCACUGGGGGGCCAGUGUGAGCUACGCCUGCGUGGAGGGGUACCAACUCUCCCUGCCAGCCGUGCUCACGUGCCAGGGCAACCGCAGCUGGAGCGGAGAGGUGCCACAGUGUUUCCCUGUGUUCUGUGGAGACCCUGGCAUCCCGAAUCAGGGCAGAAGAGAGGAUCAUGGAUUCUCCUACCGCUCGUCUGUCUCCUUCUCCUGUUUCUCUCCGUUAGUGCUGGUGGGCUCGGCGCGGCGCUACUGUCAGUCUGAUGGCAUCUGGAGCGGCACGCAGCCCUCCUGCAUAGAUCCCAGCCACACAACAUGUGCCGACCCUGGAGUCCCCCUGUUUGGAAUUCAGAACAACUCACAGGGGUACCAGAUCGGAAGCAUGCUGUUCUACAGCUGUAAGAAGGGGUAUCUCCUCCAGGGCUCCACCACACGAACCUGCCUGCCCAACCUCAUCUGGAGCGGGGUGCAGCCCGAGUGCACAGCGCACCACUGUAACCAGCCAGAGCUGCCUGUGCACGCGGAUGUCAGGUCACUCGAGCUCCCCUCUCUGGGCUUCACCCUCAUCUACUCCUGCCAGCCGGGCUUCUACCUGACAGGGGGCUCGGAGCACCGGACCUGUCGCGCCGAUGGCAGCUGGACUGGCAAGCCUCCGCUGUGCACCGCCGAUACAAGACCCAGCGGGAAUCCAAUUGGAAAUGUGAGAGAAACUCCGAAUAUAAUUCCAGUCCCAGCCAAUGUGUUUGCCAGAAACUCUCUGUGGAAAGGCUCCUACGAGUACCUGGGGAAGAAGCAGCCGGCCAUGCUACGUAUCACCAGGUUCGAUGCAGCAACCAGCAGAGUAAACGCCACGCUUAUCGACCACAGUGGGGUGGAGCUCAAACUGGGAGGUAUCUACAAGAAGGAAGAGGUCCAUCUGAUGCUGCAGGUGUAUCAGAUCAGAGGCCCGAUCGAGAUUUUCGUCCACAAGUUCAAGAAUGAUAACUUGGCUCUCGACGGCCAUGUGUCUUCAGAAGCCUCAAGCGGUUCCUUCGUCUAUCAGGGGUUUGUUCGGGGCAAAGGUUUUGGGCAGUUCGGCCUCCAAAGAUUAGAUACAAACCUGCUGGAUACAGAAACAGAGUCGAUGGGGUAUAACUUCGCUUCAAACAGCAGUUCCGUCGCAGCUGCCAUUCUAGUGCCUUUCAUAGCCAUGAUUAUCGCAGGCUUUGCACUGUACCUCUACAAACACAGGAGGAGACCGAAGGUCCCGUUCAACGGGUACGCAGGCCACGAGAACACCAACGGGAGAGCCACAUUCGAGAACCCCAUGUAUGAACGCAACAUCCAGCCCACGGAAAUCAUGGCCAACGAGACAGAGUUUACAGUCAGCACUGUCUGUACUGCUGUAUAGCACCCACUCGCCCCUGCAGAACCCAGAAGGAAUGAGUGUUGUGUCACUUCACAUGUCUUCAUGCGAUCCCUGUCUGAAAACGCUCUGAAUGUGGACUGGAGGUGCCUGGGACCGGCGGGGGGGGGGGGGGGUAGUUAUUGUGUUCUUUACUUGAGACCAGACGACCACAACGAGGAAGAGAAGGACAAGUUGCACUAAAAAGAAACUUACGGGAAUGUCUGAAAAAAGAAAAAUCAACCAAAAAAACAAACAAACAAAAAAAACCCUGUCCCGACAAGACAGAAAACGAUACAAGGACAAGUUUCUUUUUAGCACUAUGGGAUCUCUCCUGUGAUGGAGUAAAGUUCUCGACAAGACACAAUGUUGUACAGGUUGGAGAGGUCCAGAUGGGUUGGUGAACUUCGUAAAGACCUUCACAACACUUAGCAAAGAACUAAAACAACAACCAGCUGUCAUGCACUGUGCUGCAAACCUGAAAAUCUCAACAGGUCACAAUCGCCCUCACAAGCAAGGGAACGGACACUUCUGAAAUUGAGUCAUGCUGUGGAUUACCAGAAAGGAUACCUGUGUGUUACCAUGGUUGAUAACAGAACCCAGUAAAGGCGGUACAUCUGACUUUAAAAACAUCCAGAUCACUCAGAUUCUGGGUAAUUGGAUAACGUUCUGAAAUUGGGCCUCUGUUAUCGUUUUGACCUUUUAUUUUCCCCCAAAGGUGUUAAACAUGCUCUCCAUAUUUGAUUUCUUUCUGGGUCUUGCACUAAGAAAGCUGUCAAAUCUACUAGGAGAUGAAGCAGAAGUGGGAAUCGGCAUCUAUUGGCAAUGUUAGAUUUCUAUCAUUGUCAUCACUUCAUCAUUUUAAUCUCUACUAUCGUUUCAUUAUGUGCUGGGACAGGACGGGACAACGGGAGUUAUAGCAUUAGACCACAGGGGAAAUCACAUAAGUAUAUAUAUAUAUUUUUUAAAACCGCUGCCAAAGGAAGUGUAUCAGCUGCAGCAGUAACUCAUUUCUCCAGCUGUACGUACUGCCCUAUCCCAUCUCAAAGGAGAAGCGGAAUAUUACAGACGAUACAAAUUGUUGACUUUUCCAUUUCUUAUUCAAACACAGUUCAGUCUUUGAUUUAUUUUAUUUUUUUACGACUCAACAUGAAAUAUUGACAGGGGUAUUACGGGGGCGAAUCCUUCCUGGGAUGCAAUGGAAACGUUUGACACUGGCAAAGAAGACAGGCUAUCCAGAGGGGCUUGUCAACAAUCCUUCUCCCAGCUCAAUCCUGAGCUGAAGGUGGAUAGUACCACACAGUAAUAGACAGGCUGGAUUCAUUCUUGGAGGACAGGGGGUCAUUUUUAUGGGCGGUGGACAACGAGUCCCCCGAACCAAAGGACUUGUAAGGGAGAAAGUUCUCUCAAAACAUUUCUGUUUGUUGUAUCAAAUGGGAUGAGAGAUCAUAAAAUGAGGUUUGUAGAAUAUGGGGUGGAUUAGCAUUCCCUAUAUACUAGUGGACAUCUGGAUACAUUACAGUUACACAUGGUCAUGAGCCCAUAUCAAACGGAGCAUGGUUUCUGUAUGGAUUAGGGUAUAAAAAACACUGAAUGAACUCUGGGCUGAUCACUGCCUACCAGUCCCUACUGAUUCAACUGAACUGGGUAAUAGGGACCGUUAACCUACAGCUUGGGUACAGCAGAAAUGUUGGUGUCACACUGGAGGCUGCUCAAAGGUACAGCAUGCAUUCAAACCAAGAGGAGGGGGAGGAUGGCUUGGGUUUUAAUAUAUCUGACACCAUCCCAGCGUCCACUCCCCCCUGCAGGAAUCACUGUUUGUAAGCCUGCCAAGGGUUAUAUUACAAUUUUUCUCCAUUAUGUCUGGGUCGUUCAAUUUUCCCUUUUCCUAACUCAAUGUAUCACAACGAUUGCCUCGUAGCGUGUGCCAGCAAGGUCGUUUCGACUUUGUCUUGAAGAUCCCGACAGGCUGCAAACUUCACAGUGACUGGCAGCUCAUACGUGUGAGGAUAGGAAUAAGACUGGGCAUAUGAAUAAGCAAACAGCUUUAUUAUGAAUCAAUAAGAGAUUCAUGGGAAUUCAAUGGGAAGGUUUUUCAUCAGUUCAGUUGUAAUUAUAUCUAAUUUUACAAUUUACUUUAAAAGGUUAUAAAAGUUAAAAAGGCAUGCGUUUGGGGUUGCUAUGUGGGCUGUACCUGACCACUUGAAAUACCAGGCGCGACCAAAAGAAUUAUACUAUUGGAACUAUAACAAAAAAAAACCUCUUUCAUGCUGAAACAUUUAAAGCCAUUUAUCGGAAGAGAAUUUGUGGAAGGAGGGAAGGGACAUUCCCCAAAUUUGAUAGCAGCCCCUCUCUCCCCCACCCUUAAAAUCUAACUCAUGGCUUCCAUCAGUCUUGACAUUGCUUUAUACAAAACAGGAGCAUUUUGUAGCAAAUCUCAAAAUUGCCCUUCCGACCUGUUUUACACCAUCACACAGUUUCAGUAAUUGCUUCUGCAGUUUUAUUAGUUUUAAAUCCGUUCCUUAUCUCCCAAGCCUGAAUGUAAUAACGCACCCUGCUCGUAGAAAUGCUGAGACACUAAAGCAUUUACAUUUCUCCAGAGGUUUCUCAGGCACUGUGGGUGGCAGAUACAUUAUCUUAAACCAAUUGGCAUUAAUGUUUUACAGAAAGUACUAAAAAAAAAAUGGGGGGGGCGUUAUAUAAUAUAAUAUUAAUAUUCACCUUUCCCUGCCUAAUAAUAAUAAUAAUAAUAAUAAUAAUAUUGCAACCUUAACAAGCAUAAACAGACUUCUUAUAGUCCCCAAGCAGUGGUUCACAACUGCUCUCAGUGUGCUGUAAGGGUUUGUAUGUGCAAACAGCAAACACAUCGGGGAAACAGUACUUGUGAACAAAAAAUACAGAGCUUAGAGUUCUCAAUUGACCCUUAGGUGGAGCUUUACCUGUUUCUGCUGUCAGUCUCCAGUAUGUUUUUUCAAAAGGGUUUAUUUUUUUGGCCAGGGGGGAAAAUAACUCAAGUGUGCAAAAGCAAGAGAUUUUGUUUAGCUCCCACAGGGUUUUCUCCUAAACCGACUGCGCUGAGACAGCAUUUGUUACUGGAGAUUUGAAGAGAAAGGCUUUACUUUUUAAUGGAUGUCUCAUUAAAAAAUGUGACGUGACAUGUUCAAUUUGACGCAGCCUACAAAGUGAAGUAAACGCUGUGAUCUUUGUUUUCUUUUUCUUUUUUUUUUCAUCCCGGACUGAUCGAAAGCAGGACUUUGUAUCUUGUCAGCACAAGGAAAAAAUCCUCUAAAAUGUAAGGUGGUCAAAACAGACCUUACCGAUAUAAAGAAAAGACAAUAGCCUGGCUAGCACUAUAUUUAUAUUCAUAUCGCAAGCAGUGUUGCUUUCUGAUUUAUUUAGUUCGUAUUGAUUUACAAUACAAUGGAUAUUGUUCUUUACUAAAAACAUAUUUUAAUAAUAUAAGUAACUGUAUGAAUAAACCUUUACAUGAGUGGUCCAAUUUAUCAAAAAUAUAAAGUAAACUAAGCAGGUAGAAUAUUAAAUAUAUUAAAUAUGUGUUACAAAUAUCAUGGCUAGUAAAUCGGAGUGCAAGUAAAUAAGUAAAUAAAUAAAUAAAUAAAGAUAAUUACAAUAUUUCCGUCUACAGGUGUUUUAAACAUUGUAAAUAAUGUUUCAUCCUCUAAAACACUGUACCAUUCCAUAAAUGAUCUCCGUUUUAAUUUAAGUAUAAAAUAAUGACCCCCCUCCCCAUCCUGAAACGUGGUUUCACCUUCAAUACACUCCAGGUAUUGAAACAGACGGACCCCUGAAACCUGCUGGUGAAAGGGGUAGUCUUGCUAAUGCUUUUGGCGGCUGUUAAAUGCAUAACAGCUGUCUAUAUCCAUGCGGCUUACUGAACCGACCUGCUUUGAUAAUGAAGGUGGUGCAGCAUAUCUGUCGAGAUCUUAAUUAUGAGAGAAUUGGUCUGAGGGAAUUAUGCAAUUAGACUGAAUGCUAAAAUCCAGCAGCGGACACGGGUUCGGUGCAGCGAUGUAUCAUAUUGGUAAGGUUAGCUUCAAGGAGUGCUAACCAAGGCUUGUCGAUUUUCUUAACUCUUAUUAGCACUAACAGUAUUACUACCGACUUCCCCCCUUUUCUGUUGAAGAUCUUUCGGUUCAAUUAGGGAUGUGCAGUUAUUUUAAAGACUACAGAAGUAAAAGCUGCUGUUACUUCCUGGUUCGAAAUCACUUCCUGUGUGUUUCCUCCAAUCAGAGACCAGGAACAAACAGUUGAAUUAGACUCGAUCUGCAGCGAUUACUUGAAAAAUAUGUUCAGUAUUAAUAUAUCAACAACAGCUGGGGAAGUAAAAGAUCUUCAACACAGAAAGAGGGCAGUAACCAUGUUGCAAAUGUUAAUAAGAGGUUAGAACAUUGAUUUUAUAACCUUUUCAUGGGUAACCAAAUCUAAUAAGUAAAACAGUUCAGCGGACAACUGGCAGUCUCAGACUACAAGCAUUUAGAAAUAGAUUAAAAAUAAAAUAAAAUAAAAAACAACGUCAUAGUUCAUUAUAUUGUGUAUACAAAGUCACGCUAUUCCAUUACAGUAACAUCAUAUGAAUUGUGGUGUUGGGUUUGAAUUGGCUUAGUUCAGCUACAGGCUGAAAUCACUUGAAGAGUUUUAGGUUUUACGUGUGUGUGGAACGAGAACAAACAAAAAUAAAAGUUUUUGUACAGAGAUAUAUUUUUAUGAAUAUAAAUUUGUAAUAUAGAAAAAAAAAAGAUCUGUACAUGUUUUUCAAUAUUGUAGUAAGAAAAAUGCUAUUGGGGUGGAAAAAAACAACCAAACAAAGCCUUUUGUAAAUGUAAUAAAGAUUGUACAUACAAGUUUACAUACAUAUUGUACAUAUGUAAUAUAUACCCGACUUGGCUGUUCUGCAAUAUCUCAAAUGUAUUUUAUCCAUCUGUAUAUGAUGCUUUGCAUUGUGUCGAAGCUUAUUCUACUUUCAAGAACUCAAAACCUAUUUUAAAGUCUUUUUGAAAUAAAAACAGAAUAUUA